AUGCCGGACAAAAUAAAAUUCGGCGAUGUGGGCAGUGACUACGAGCCAUCAGAUUCAGAAGAUGAGUACAGCGAAGGGGAAAAAGAGCUGUUGGAAAAUGUGCGGCAACGACGUCGCAAUGAUUACGAUGAGGACGACGAAAUGCAACGCCAAGCGGUGCUAGGAUUCGACGACGAGGAAGGUUACGAUGAAGAGGACGAGGAGCCAGAUUUCGACGAAAUCCGUAAAUUUGAACACGACAGUGAUAUCGAUGAUAAGGAUAAGGAGGACUUUCUUCCUGAUCGCUCUGCGUGGGGUUCGAAGGCAGGCGCUUUCUAUGGCACCGGUUACAAGGACCGGGACUACGAUACGCUCACGGCACAGGAGGAGGAAUUGGCCCGGCUGGAAGAAGAGGAAGCGAUGGAGAUGCAGAAGCGCCUUACGAAAGGCAUGACCGACGAAGAUUUUGCACUCGACGAUUUAUGGUCGGGCGAUGAGGCGGAGCACAUGGAAGAUGAACUGGAACAUGCGGAAGAAAAAUCGGCGAAAGGAAAACAAAAAGGCAAGAAGACCGCCUUUAGCAGCAAAGAAGAAAUAGUGAUAAAAGGAGAUUUAUCGGAUUUAAGCAAUAGUCAGCGGCAGGAGCUGUUUCGCAAAGAGUCGCCAGAGUUCGAGGGAUUGGUAAAGGAAUGUUCUGCCAAGUUGGGCGAAUGUGCCAAUGUUCUGGAACCUAUUUUGGAGUUGCUUAAACAGCACAACCUACUGUCGCAUCCUCUUGGGCAGUUGCUGGCAAAGCGUUACGAACUACACAUGCUUUACUGUAGCAAUAUUAGCUUCUACGUGCUGCUAAAGUCACAGCGAGUUGAUAUCCGUAAUCAUCCGCUGGUGAAACGGUUGCUGCAGCUAAAGCGGUUAGUACAAGAGAUGGAACAAAAGUACGAGCAAACUGCUAAAGCUCAGGUGGAAGAACUACUGGAGGCACAGGCCGAAGGUAGAGAAAUAAGCUUCCACGAUGAACUUGGAAAUGAAAAGUUGAAAACGAAGAAGAGUCAACGUUUGCGAGUUCUUGAUCAGUUGGAACAGAUGGACUCGGACCAAGAACAGGACGAUGCCGAGCAGGAAGAAAGUGAACACGAAGAAUAUUCUGCAAAACGCAGUAAAUUGGACACAACCAAGGAAUAUUCGGCGGAGGAGGACGAUGAGGAAGAAAAGCUGGACGACAUGGAAGAGAUGGAUGCCGACGGGAAACGCAAGAUCACCUACCAGAUGGCUAAAAACAGGGGCCUAUCGGCACGCAAGCGCAAGGAUCAGCGUAAUAUUCGCGUGAAGAAUAAACAGAAAUUCCGCAAGGCAAUGAUCCGUCGAAAGGGCACCGUACGACCGGUUCGCACCGAAACGAAGCGAUACACGGGCGAAACUAACAUUAAACCGUAUGUCAAGCGAGGAAUUAAGCUUAAGUAA